AUGCCACAUGCCCCCGCGCGGGAUCGCUGUAGACUGACCAGAGCAACUCCAGGUACUCUCGGCAUUACAGAAUAUGCGGCAAAGGCGCUAGGCGACGUGGUCUACGUCGAGCUUCCGGAGAUCGAGCUCGAAGUCAACAAAGGAGACACCAUUGGCGCGGUCGAGUCAGUCAAGUCGGCCUCGGAUAUCCUGACGCCUGUAUCAGGCAAGAUAAUAGAACAUAACAAGGUGUUGGAGGAGAAGCCGGCCAUGAUCAACAAAGGCCCCGAGACCGAUGGAUGGCUCGCUAAGAUCGAAAUCAGUGAUGCAAAGGAGCUUGAUGGCUUGAUGUCCAAGGAGGACUAUGAUAGCUUUGAGAAGGAAUAA